AUGCACUGCGCCGCCCUCCCGCCACCGCUCUGCAACGCCUUGCCCCCCGCGCCCGCACUGCGCGCCAUGCCAAUGCCCCCCGCCCUCUCGCCUUGGCCCGCCUCGCCGUCACCCGCCCCCCGCAGAGUCGCGCGCAGCCCUUCCGCUGCCGCGCCUGCUCCGACCGCUGCUGCCCGCAUCCGACCACGCCGCGCGCCUCGAGAAGCACGCCUGUCGCCCGAUCUCGUGGCUCGCUGGCCGCGACUCCCCGCGCGUCCCUUCCCCCAUACUACCGUGCCUGUCCGCGCGGCACCUCCUCGCCCCGCGCGCGCCCCCCGUGGGGGCGGCCACGUGGGGAAGAUUAAGGUGGCGGAGGUAGGGGGGACGGGCGGCGCAGAGUGGUGGGGGGCUGGAAAGGCUGUGGAUGAGUGGGCGGCUGGUGGGUGCUCGCACGGCGUACGGCAGGCGAGAAGCACACAUGCGGUGACGGCACCAGGGGCAGGGGGGGACAGCGACGAGGUGCAGAGGCGAGGGCAAGGGCAAGAGCAGGUGCCGCAGGCUCAGGAGCAGCAGGUGGGCGCAGCGGGGGAGGGGGAGGCGGGGGGCAGGGAGGAGGCGUCGGCAGCAGCAACGCCAGCGUCGUUUGCGGAGGUGCAGCAAGCAGGCGCAGCAGAGGGAGCGUGGCAGGCAGGUGGUGGUGGCAGUGCAGGCGUUGCACCCGGCUCGUUGCCCUCACACGCCGGAGGGGAUUGCGCAGAGAAGCACAAUGGCGCUUUGACAGCGUGGGGCAGUGAGCAUGAGCUAUCGGUUGGUACCUGCCUCGCUAUGCCUCUCCCUCAUCCCACCUCCGUCCCUCCGUUCCCGCCUCAGCUGCGCACUUCUCUCCUCCUUCCGAAUUCGUCCCUCCCGCCUCUCCCCCCUUCCGGGUUGGCAGGGCUGGGGUUGAGCGAGAAGGUGCAGCGAUGGCGGAGAGUGGCACGCGGUUCAUGGGUCACAUGCCUGGGCGGAAAGCUGCCAAAGGGAGUGCUGCUGGUGGGGCAAGACGAUUCUAGCACGGGCGAUAGGGGACGAGGCGAAAUGCCCUUGUUCUCCGCGUCCGGCUCCGCGUUCACCGACAUGCUUGUCCGCGCCGCUGCACGCCGCGACCGCGAGCUCUUUGCCGCCAACAAGGCCGCCCCGUGCACCGUGUUUCUGGGCGAGAUAGAUGCCAUCGGCGGGAGUCGCAACCCAAAGGGCCAGCAGUGGAGUGCAGUGCAUGGGAAUGACGCGACGCUCAAGCAGAACCAGGGGGGUUGA